UGGAGUGGAGGUGUUUCCCUCUGCCUAAACUUGCAACCAAGGGGUUAAAGUCUGUUCCAUAAACUCUCCUGUGCUUCAAGAAUCUCCUUGUGCUGAUUUGACCAAUCACAUUUUACACACAGCCUGCCACUGAGAAAAUAACUUACUACUACUACUAGCCCAUAGCUUGCACUGCCUCCUCACACUUUACCACAGCUUCCAGCUAGGUAACACACCACAGCACAGACACGAUGGGAACUGUGAGGAUGUUACUCUUCUCCGUUAUACUGUCACCGUGGGUGCUCUCCUUGACUGGGAAACAACAGGAUGUAUUGUUUGAUAGAGAAGUUUAUCUGGGAGCAAGGAGGUCUCAGAGAGAGGCAGCAGCGUUGUGGCUGGGAGAGGACUAUGACUCCAGAAUGGUCUUCCUGCCUGCUGAUGAACCAGACGAUGCCCCAGCCUCAGAGCUGCCCACAUGCCUACUGUGUGUGUGUCUGACCGGCUCGGUGUACUGUGAGGAAGUUGUUCCUGAGAUGACUGCUGUGCCCACCCUGCCCAAGGAGACUGCCUACUUCUACGCCCGCUAUAACAAGAUCAACAAGAUCACCAAUAAAGACUUCGCAGAAAUCGUGACUCUGAAGAGGAUCGACCUGACGGGAAACCUGAUCUCUGAGAUCCAGGACGGAGCGUUCUCCAAGCUUACCCUAUUGGAGGAACUCAAUUUGGCUGAGAACCAUCUGGUCAAGCUGCCCAUGCUGCCCGGCAAGCUCACAACCUUCAACGCCAACCACAAUCAGCUCAAAACCAAAGGGGUCAAGGCCAACGCCUUCAAGAAACUGAGGCAGCUGGUUAACCUGUUCCUCGGAGACAAUGAGCUGGAGGCCGUGCCAGUGAUCCCUGAGAGCGUCCGCAUUAUUCACCUACAGAACAACAACAUCACUGAUGUCACCUCCGACACGUUCUGUAAUGGCAACAACACCUACUACAUCAGACCCAACCUGAUAGAGGUGAGGUUGGAUGGGAACCCAGUGCUGCUGUCCAAGUCCCCCGACAGCUUCACCUGCCUCAAGUCUCUCCCCGUCGGAAAGUACCGCUAAACAGAAGACUCCCCGGGGAAAGGGAUUUCGCUAACUUUUCCAAAAUUCCCAGGUUUUCCAGAAAUCCUAGUUUCUUGAAUGAGUAGGGAAUAAACAGGGAAUCCGGAAUAGUCCAAACAGGAUUUCUGUAUAACUAGGGGAUUUAGGAAAAGUUUUCCAAUGUUAAUGGACUUCCUGGUUAUUAAAUAACAGUGCAGUGGUAAAACAGACAGCUUCUACAGGGCUUUCAGCUUCUACAGGGCUUUCAGCUUCUACAGGGCUUUCAGCCAGACAGACACAUACUGAAUAGAUUCAACGCAAUUCCCUAUUCCACUUGACGAAGACAAGACCAUCUGAUAUGACUGGUCGUCUACACAAUUACAUUCCAUUUCUGUCUGAACGUUUCUUCUGUAAAAAAUUGUGCCCACGUCUUUCAGAAGGCUAGUGGAUUGGGACUGAAACGUUAGCGUGUCCCAUUGGCAAGCUACGUCAGGCUUCCUCUCUGUGUGGAUUGGGACUGAAACGUUAGCGUGUCACAUUGGCAAGCUACGUCAGGCUUCCUCUCUGUGUGGAUUGGGACUGAAACGUUAGCGUGUCCCAUUAGCAAGCUACGUCAGGCUUCCUCUCUGUGUGGAUUGGGACUGAAACGUUAGCGUAUCCCAUUAGCAAGCUACGUCAGGCUUCCUCUCUGUGUGGAUUGGGACUGAAACGUUAGCGUGUCACAUUGGCAAGCUACGUCAGGCUUCCUCUCUGUGUGGAUUGGGACUGAAACGUUAGCGUGUCCCAUUAGCAAGCUACGUCAGGCUUCCUCUCUGUGUGGAUUGGGACUGAAACGUUAGCGUGUCCCAUUAGCAAGCUACGUCAGGCUUCCUCUCUGUGUGGAUUGGGACUGAAACGUUAGCGUGUCACAUUGGCAAGCUACGUCAGGCUUCCUCUCUGUGUGGUUUCUGAUUGAAUUUCCUUUACAUUUAGACUGGUCUUGAACAUAAACUUGAACACAUGAGCUAAAUGGUCUGAAAGCCUUUGUAAAUACACCUUUUAUUCAAUGUCUGCUUCUGCAUAAUGUAUGAAUUAUGACUUCUUCAAAAUGUUGAGUCAAGCUUUUGGCUUUCUGAAUUCUGUGAAUUACCUUCAUGUAAACUGGUUCUUAAGUAGAAGUUGACAAUAAAUGUAUCUUUGAAAUACGUAGCCUGUAGUAAUGUGAACCUAAUGUGUCUCAAAAUUGUAAGCUUUGAUAUUGAAAUGGUGGAAUCAGAGAUGGUAUGAUCCUUUUUCUAAAGUCCUUUUAGAAAAGGAUCAUUAGGAAUUAUUACCUGUGAUUACUACCUGUGGUUAUUACCUGUGGUUAUUGCCUGUGAUUAUUACCUGUGAUUAUUACCUGUGGUUAUUGCCUGUGGUUAUUGCCUGUGAUUAUUACCUGUGAUUAUUACCUGUGGUUAUUACCUGUGAUUAUUACCUGUGAUUAUUACCUGUGAUUACUACCUGUGGUUAUUACCUGUGGUUAUUACAUGUGAUUAUUACCUGUGAUUCUGACCUGUACAGUAAAACCCCCAAAAUUGUAUUUGACCGUGGCUGUGUUUUUAUAUAUUUUAAUACAAUUAAAAUACUUUUAAAAAUAUUAAACCCUGCAUGAACGACAACCAAACAAAACCCCA